AUGACCGACACUGGUUUGCCCGAGCCCUGGACCGUCCGUUUUAGCAAAUCCAAAAGUAAACAAUACUUCUUUAAUCCGCAAACUAAACAGUCUCAAUGGGAAGAACCCGAAGGGACGGACCAUGCAGCGCUCAAAAAGUACCUGGUGGAGCAUCCGUUGAGAGUACGGUGCUUGCAUCUGCUAAUUAAACACAAGGACUCGAAAAGACCAGCUUCGCAUCGUGCUGACCCCAUCACAAUCUCGAAAGAAGAAGCCCUUGAAGAAUUGUCUGUAUACCAGCGGAAAAUCGAGCAAGGCGAAAAAUUCGAAGAUUUGGCGAAAUUUCGUAGCGAUUGCUCAUCUUUCAAGCGUGGUGGCGACUUGGGCUAUUUUGCCCACGGCGAGAUGCAACCGCCAUUCGAGAAAGCUGCGUUUGCGUUAAAGGUAGGCCAAAUUUCGGGUCCGGUGGAAUCUGCUAGCGGAGUCCAUCUCAUCAAGAGAGUGGCUUGA